UUUAGUAUUGAGAAAGUGUGUGGCAUUUGACUGCAACUCUCUCUUAUAGACAUUGAAUAUGAAAAAAGAAAUCAAUUAAUGGAUAAAAAAAAUGUGUUUUAAAAACAAAUUAUUAUUUCAAUUGAUUACAUGUUUUGUUUGUCUAUGAAUGCGAUCUCUAUCUGACUGACUGUAUAUACAGUGAAUUUGUUAAUCAAUUUGAAUGAAUAGUGUUUUUAUGCAAUCAAUCCAUGGAUGCGAUGCAACGUUACGUACAAAAGGGUCGAAAUUCAGGCAAAACAGGCAAACCUUUGAUAUCUCGGAGUCCGACCACAACAUCACUCGAUGAAUACGAGCUGAUGAGUGACGCCAAGUAUCGGACUUAUGUCCAACAAAUGGAUAGAGCACUCAAAGGCUUUGAGUAUACAUCCGAGUGGGCAGAUCUGGUCAACGCUUUGGGAAAACUUAACAAAGUGCUCUCCAAUAAUGUCAAAUACAAUGUAAUUCCCCGUCGGUUUACUGUAGGACAACGAUUGGCCCAAUGUAUGCAUCCGGCGUUGCCAUCGGGUGUCCACUUAAAGGCAUUGGAAACCUAUGAUUUCAUAUUUAAGUGCAUUGGAACCGAUCGACUCAUACAAGAAUUAAGUAUUUAUUCAAACGGUUUGUUUCCACUAUUAAGUCAUGCGGCCAUUAAUGUGAAGCCAUCGCUUCUGGAGAUAUAUGAGAAACAUUUCAUACCAUUGGGAACGCGCCUUACGCCGGCUUUGGACGGCUUUCUCAUAGCAAUAUUGCCCGGACUGGAGGAGAAUGAUUGCCACGAAAGGACAGACAAAUUACUCGUCGAGGUUUGCAAUGCAGUCUCACAAGAGUUCUUCUACGGCUCCCUCUGGAGAUGUGUCUUAAAUAACCCAUCGGUUAGAUUUCAUGCCAUUAUGUUUAUUACAUCUCAUUUUAAUAAGAAACGAAGUCUUGAAGAUCAGUUGUAUAUAAUGGGUACAUGUCUUCAAACAAUGAUCACUGGUAUCUGUGCGGCACUACUCGAUACCAGCAAUGUAUUGGUUCAGAGAGCUAUACUUGACCUCUUGCUCUCGUGUUUUCCGAUGCAUAACAAACAGAUUGCACGACAGGAUUUGAUAAGCAUAACGACUGCUGCCAUAACAGUGCUCUUAAGACGGGAUGUAUCAUUAAAUAGAAGAUUCACCCAAUGGUUAACAGCUGAGGACAGCUCUAAUCCUAAAUCAAGAAGAGAGGCCACGAAAUUAGCCAAAGCUAUCGGUUCUGAUAAGUCGUAUUUUGAGACAUUUGCCAAAGAGCUUGUGUUAGACGCCUUCAAGAUAUGUCUAAUUGAUCCGUCAAAUUUAAUUCCGAUACCCAAUUCAUGGUCAUCUCUGGGCGAUCUCUGGCCAUAUCGGCUACUUAUAUGUCUAAUAGAUCACCGAGAAAUAAGUCAUCCAAUAAUCGAUAAUUUAUGUCUCGAAAUAUUACGUGCACUAUAUCACGAAUUUGGUUUUGUAGGCAAUAGUCAUAACAAUAAUAGUUAUAACAUUAAUAAUAACAAUAAUAAGACACUGAAAGCCGACUUAAUACGAACGAGCAAUUUGUUGUUUACAAAUAUCGGAAUUAAUUAUUUAUGGCAUCACAUAAGCCAACUGUUCUCCCAUUCCUGUGAACAUUAUAUACAUUUCGAUAGCCAUAAUAAUAAUAGAUAUGUUAAGAAUGUUGGCUUUGAGUCGAUAACCAUUGUUGAGAUGUGUACACUCGUUAACUUCGUUUUAGACAAUGUAUCGGUAGAAGCGACCAAUUUUAAUGAGAAUACCAGUCAAUCCUAUUUAACACAAUUCCUACUCCAUGUCCUCAACUGUCUCAUCACUCACUCAUCAAUUCUUCACAGUAUAGACUUUGAACACUCGAUUAAGUUAUGUUCAAAUAUUAUCAAUAAAAUUAAGCCCACAAUCACUCAAACUCUUGAAAAUCGUCGCAAAAGUGAUACUAAAGACCUUAAAGCCGGUGGAAAAAUACUUCAAAAAGUCGAGUCUGUUAUUAGAGAAGAGGGUGAAGAUAAUGAAAGUCAUCCGUUACCUGAAGGACUCAUUGAUGAUGAAUUGUUUCAAAAGUGUUUGAUUAGUACAUUACAGACAUUCUUCGUUGAAUUUGUUGAAAAUCGUUUAGUAAAAGACAAAACUGGUUUAAAUGAAUGUUUUGCAUCACUUCGUGUAUCGUCAAUAAACAGCGACCGAGAAGUUAUCAAUUUUGAGACACAAAUCAGAUCUAUUGAUAUCAAUGCUGAUAUGAUUAAUGUAUAUACAAAUCUUUGCCAAUUGUUGGUACAAAUGUCAGCCAUUCCUGCCCUAUCCGACAAAAAGACAACAAAAUUACAAUUUUCAAGUUGUGAUGAACUGCAACAAUGGUUUCAACAUUUACUUGUUUUGUCUAUUUAUCCCAAAGAUUGUCUACAAGUUUGCUAUACCUCCAUAUCAUCUGUUUUAGACUUAAUAACACUGACGAAAGCUCUACUUUUUGAUUUACCAGUUAAUCAAACAGCUGUUACAGCAAAUGGAUCACCAGUUUUUGACUUCAGCACAAAUGAUAAUUCUAAAGAUAAUAAUAAAGGCUUUCACUUUGAUCCAAUGAUAUCAGCAAAUGAAUUGGCAUUUAUUUUUCAUCAGACAUCAUGGUUUACACAGGCGACUACCAAACUGUGGUCAAACUUUGAAGACAGUAAAGCACAUCUUCAUUUGGAAACAGCAACACUUCUGCAACAAUUACAUAAUCUCGCUGUUGACUCAUCUAUUUGUGAAUCAGUUAUAUGUACAUCAAUGAUAUCACCCGAUGAAACAGUUGCCUAUGAAUCCAGAAAAAGAUUUACUGUUUUAUAUAACAUAACCCGAGACUUGAAGAUGAAAUCAAUGCCGUCGGCGAUGGCCAGAGAGUUUGAUAGACCGCUGUUUUUUAUGUUAGACAGUUUGUCUAAUAAAGUGGACUCUCAUAACGCUCAGGCUAUUGAUUGGCUAAAUCAGUCUCUAAAGUGCGGAGAUAUCGCCAGAAUUUUAGAGCCACUUUUGUUUAUUAUAUUACAUCCCGACACGAGUCGACUGUCUGUACAACACGCAAACAUACACCAACCCGGUAUCAGUUGUAUUGCUGACACUAACUGUAAAUCAGUCGAUGAAAUAGACAACGCAUCUAUUGCUAACUCGGAAUCCAAGAUAUACGCCAUUAGCAGUACCGGAGGCAAUGUUAUAUAUCACGUUAACUCCGACGGUCGUAUGCGGUUUACUCCAUCACCCGUUCCCUCUAAUAAAGUACUGACUCUCACACAAACUGCCAAUAAUUCUAAUUCACUUAACAAAUGGAUUACACAGAAAGUACAUCUUUCACAAUAUGAAGUUCCUCCGAGUCAUGAAAACAAUAUUAUGGAUAAAUACAUGUCAAUCAAUAUGGUGUUGAAUCCAUUUGGAUCAAUGUCUUCAUUAAAUAGCGAUGCUUUUGAAAUAUUUGAUUCGAAUUCUGUGCCAUUUGCCAGAUCUUUACCAAACCUAUCAAAUAUUAGACGACUGGACACUAAAUCUAUAAAAUCAGACAAUUUUAUGAAAUCUCCGACACCAUAUUCAACGCCAGUUCCUUCUCGAACUACAACUACUUGUUCAACUCCAGUACCAUUGAAGAAAAUCAUGGAUGACUCUGAGCUUACCGACAAUGAAAUUGUUGUUUCAGUACUUGAAGAAGUGAUUGAUAAAGUUGUAUAUGAUUUAGAAGAUAGUUCCGAAUCAGAAGAUAGUCAAACAGCAAUAACUAAUUCCGAGACAAUAAGUGUGGGUCCCAAUAGUCGACCCGUUUCAUUAAGCCAACUACACUCCCAUAUGCUACUCUACCAGCAGGUGUAUGACUCCAAGCGUACACUUUAUGCAUUGACAACCCUUUGGAAUAUCAUAUUAGCUGAACCACAACGUGUACUCUUUGCGAUGGCAACCACUAGUAUUAGCAAUCGAUUAGGUUUGAGAUCACAGGAAUUGCAGGCACUCUUGUCUAGACAUCGCAACUCUAUAUACGGCAAAGGAUUUUAUAGUGAUUUAAGCUCGGAAUCAAUUACUUCAUUUAGAAGCAGUUCUUUUCUCGAAGUGGUAGUAUCCGCUUGUAUGCAAUACUUGCGCAGCUAUUAUCCAAGUUUACCACAAACCAGACUUAAUGAGGAAGAGAUUGCUGGCAACCAAAAGGUGCGAAUUGUUUCGUGUGAAGUGUUGCGACUCAUAUUCAAUCAGUUGUCGGUUGCGAUUAAAGGAAAGCAGACAUUCUCUACAUAUUUAUAUGAUUUACUUAUGAGGUGUAAAAUUCAGAAAACUUUACUCCAAUGUAUUGUUUCAAGUGUUUACAACUUUAUGGAAAAGAAAGAGAAAGAGCCGACAAAUACUAAUGACAGUGCUUUUGCCGACGCACUCAUUGAGUUCAAUGAAUGUCACAAUUCGACGAAUGGCUUCCAAGAAGACCUUCAAAAGUCUUUGCUUAAACUUCUGGAGGAGUUAAUGAUUUUAGAGCACAAAGUAUCACCCAAUCUCUCUGAUAAAGAGCAGCCGACACACAACAGAAAAGGGAGUGAUUCAAGGGCUGCAAGAAUUAGAUUUCAACCACAAAUGUCUUCUUUAAAAUAUUACCCGAAUAUGUUAAUACCAGCGCAGUCUAUGUUCUUGUCGGCCAUUCAGACAGCAUUACAACAGUCACACAAAGUUCACUUACAUUCAAAUUGGUUGGACUUAGUUGAGGCUACUCUUUCAUAUGCCGGACGAUCACUAUCACGACUCGUCGUUUGUGUUUUAACUCAAUUGUGCCAAAAUCUUGAGAGUACUUCCAAUAAAAUAACAAUGAAGACAAUGAAAGACGACAAAACAGAAAUGUCAUCUAAUUAUCUGAUAGUUCUAUUAAAAAGUUUGGCCACUCUCUGCCAUUUUUGCUUACUCGACACUUCUGGUACUCCGAGUAGUCCAACACUUCAACCACAGACACAAGCAAUUAACCCGAAUUCGGCAACACUUAUAACUUCGAGUUCUAAUCCAUUCUCAAUGUUUACUAAUUUCUUGCAUGUAUUCAGUGUUUCCGAGUCGAGUCAAGAAUCUUCGACUUUAGGUCGCGACUCUAAUAACGAUCCUUUAAUAUCGACCCGAAAGACUGUAUUGACUCAUUUGCCAAGAGUUUUAUCUGCUCUUCUUAUGGUUUGGAAGCAAAUAAAAUGUACCGAAAAGGAAGAAUUGGAUAAUGGAUGGCAAAUAAUGGGCAGCAGUAGAGAAGUCAAACAAAACAUAUUAACAUUUUUGUCGCCAUUGUCUCUCAUUCAUGGCUCACAUUUUAUGACAUCAGUAGCCAUUGUUUGGUAUGACAUGAGAGAUAACAACGGAAUUAAAAAUCGGAAACAAUGGUCUCAAAGUUGUUCAACUGAUCAGUUAUUAUUAGUUGAAUUAGUGGCUGCUAUUCGUGUGUUACCCAUGGAAUCGGUUCUGCAAACUAUACGACAGGCCAUCAAAGCGCCUCCAAAUGCCAACAGUUCAAAGCACAUGAAACGACCGCCUAUUGAAGUAUGUAUGUUACAGUUCUUCUUGGCCUAUAUUAAAGCAUUUCCCGGAUCCCAACUUCUUGAGUGCUGGAAGUCUGUAUUAUCGCUACUCAAAGAUGGUCUGCAAAUCUCAACAAUGGCACAACCAUUAGUUCAGUUUCAUUUGCUGGCUAUUCUUCAUGAGUUUGUUCAGGCGGCGCCACUUAUUGAGGACCGCAAAGACCAAAAGGAUUUACAAGAUGUGGCACAGAAAUUGGUGGACGCGUGUACUACAGUUGCCGGCGCCAGACUGGGACAGACUAAAUGGUUGCGCAGAAAUUUAGAAGUGAUUCCCGGACCACAAGCUGAUCAACAAGAAGAUGAUGAAAGCAAUAAUUUGGACAAUACUUUCCAUACAAUUGAUUCAAUCAAUGGAAACAUUGAUUACUCAAACAUAUCAGACGCUGACAACUCAUUUCUCUCUAAGUUUAGUGUUCAGGCAUUAUGUGCUUUGGCUGAAUUUGUAGCGCCAGUACUUGAUGUGGUUUACGUGAGUGAAGAGAAAGAGAAAGUGGUUCCUUUGGUACAGAAUAUUAUGUAUUAUAUCGUUCCAUAUCUGAAGAAUCGGACCAAACAUAACGCCCCGAGUUUUAGAGCCUGUUCUCACUUACUAUCAAACAUAUCGGGUUAUCAGUACACCCGAAAAGCGUGGCGUAAGGACGCCUUUGAACUAUUAUUGGACCCAACUUUCUUUCAAUUGGAUUCAGAAAACUUUGGUUAUUGGAAGACCAUUAUUGAUCAUUUGAUGACUCACGACAAGAACACAUUCAGAGAAUUUUUGGCCCGAAUGUCAGUCACACAAUCUGGUGGUGCACUCAAAAUGUUUAGCAAUAAAGACCAAGAGAUUGAACAAAGGGCUCAUUUGGUCAAAAGGUUGGCAUUGAUUCUGUUCUGUAGUGAGAAAGACCAGUACCAGAAGUAUAUGUCGGAAAUACAGGAGAAGCUGAUUGAAUCGCAUCGUUUGAGUCAAUCACCAUUAGUUCAGGCACAGGUAUUACUUUGCUUCAGAGUUAUCAUCCUAAGGAUGUCCGCACACCACUUAACAUCUUUAUGGCCUUUCAUCUACACUGAAAUGUUUCAAGUGUUUCUUCACAUUGAAAUGGAAUUAAUGUCAGACACACCUGAGUUUAAGAAGAACAAUGGUGCACAUAUUCAACGUCUCUCUAAUUUGGACUCGAGUUGGGUGACCAGUCAAAGCAAUGGAUUGGCCGCACAUAAUAAUCCUCAAUGGCUUCAACUAUAUUUGGCCGCUUGUAAGCUAUUGGACAUUGCAAUUGCACUUCCAGCCGAUUCUCUGCCACAGUUUCAGAUGUAUCGGUGGGCGUUUGUCUGCGGCAACAAAGAACCCAACACUAUGUCUAAUGGAGUUAAUAGAAGUUCACUUCAUCCGAAUGGCAAUCCUAUAACAACUCCUUUUGAACCACAUAUUGUUCGCAUUAAUAAUCUAAUGCAUACAAAGAAUCCAGAAGUGGAGACAAUACCGUAUAGAGCGCGGUGUCCGCUCAUCACUAAGACAUCAAUUAAAAGUUUACAAGAAUUACAUCCAUUUUUCCAUACAUUACUUAAAUCAAGUUUGCAGACAUCAACUCAAAGUCAUCAAUUGAAUGAUCCAUUAAUGACAAGCGUAUCAUUGGAUGACGCGCUUGCAUUCAUCGACAAAAUAGUGGAAAUAGAUUUUUUCGACUCAAUUCCUAAUUUAUAAACCGAUAGAUAAUCGGUUAACAUAUUUCAUGAAGUGCCUCGAAGUAUAUGAUUAUCAGUUAUAAAUCAUUGAAUUAUAAAUUAUUUAAGAUAUAUAUAUAUAUAUA